UGACUGUUGGCCCUCAGAAACCUGCAAGUGAAUUUGCAGAGGACCGCGAGGGUGCGUCUGACCUCCAGGAGGUGGUGUCCUUGAAGGAGAGGAUGGCGAGGUAUCAGGCAGCUGUUUCCAGGGGUGACUGCCGCAGUUUCUCUGCCAAUAUGAUGGAAUCAGAGACCUGCACAGUGCCUGGCGGUUUGGCUACAGUAAAGAGACAAUUUGAGGACAAAACUGCUGCAUCCCGCAAAGCCCUUUCUCAGUAUCAAUACCAGCACGAGAAAGUGUCAGAGAAGGAGGUAAUUCGUAACAGGCAAGUUGACAUUUCAAGAAGAGGCCUGGAAAUGGAAAAAAAGGAACAAGAGGCUUCCAGAGCACACAAAAUUGAUGUUCUUGGAACAGAAGUGAUACCUCAUCUUGAAAAACACACUGAGGAAAUAAACCAAGCUUCCAAGUUUCAUCAGUAUGUUCAAGAAACAGUCAUUGACACACCUGAAGAUGAAGAGUUACCAAAGGUUUCAACUAAGUUUUUAAAAGAACAAUUUGAAAAAUCUGCCCAGGAAAAAGUCCUUUAUUCUGAUAAAGAGGUGACAACCCCAGCCAAGCAGAUUAAGAUCAAAAGUGACUUUGAAGAGACUUUAAAGCCAUCAUCAUUAGUGGGUACCUCUUCCACAUCUUGUACUUCUUACAGUCAGAGGAAUGAAGCAUCAACCACAAAACAUAGUGACUACAGUGCUACUUCCUCAACUCUAGCACAAGUUAAUACCAUUCCUUCAGGAAAGACAGAAGAAUUUCCUCCUCCCCCACCUGAUAUGCUUGAGACUCCAGUAAAUGUGACAGCAUUUUCCCAGUCCCCUGAAUUCCCUAGCCCUCCUAGAAUGCAACCAGUCCCCAAAGAACUAUAUUCCAAGCAAAGAAAUUUGUAUGAAUUAAACCGUUUAUAUAAACACAUCCAUCCUGAGUUAAGAAAAAACUUAGAAAAAGAUUAUAUCAGUGAGGUUUCUGAGAUUGUUUCUAGUCAAGUGAGCACAGGGAACUCAGUUUUAGCAGAUGUACAACAAGCCCGGUAUGUUUUUGAAAAUACAAAUGACAGUUCACAGAAAGGUCUGAACUCAGAAAGAGAACACUUGGAGUGGGAUGAAAUUCUGAAGGGAGAGGUUCAAUCCAUGCGAUGGAUCUUUGAGAAUCAGACAUUAGAUUCCAUUAAUAAUGACUCUCCAGAUGAAAAUAACAUCUCCAAAGGUAUUGCUGAUCAAGAAGUAAUCACUGGUGGUGAUGUGAAAUAUACCACGUGGAUGUUUGAAACCCAACCCAUAGAUACAUUGGGGAUUCAUUCUCCUGCCACUGAAGAAAAUGCUGAGAAAAUUCCUGAGCUAGCUAGAGGAGAUGUCCAAACAGCCCGGUGGAUGUUUGAAACAAGACCAUUAGACUCCAUGAAUAAAAUACAUGAAAGUCAAGAAGACUCAGCAGUAACUGCCAUAAAGGACAUCUCUGGGGGUGAUGUGAAGACUGUGAGAUAUAUGUUUGAAACUCAACCUCUGGAUCAACUUGGACAGCUUGAAUCAGUGGAUGAAGUUCACCUACUGCAACUCAGGUCUGAGCUCAAAGAAAUUAAGGGAGAUGUUAAAAGAAGUAUAAAAUGUUUUGAAACUCAACCACUAUAUGUUAUCAGAGAUGGUUUUGGCCAAAUGCUGGAAAUUAAAACUGUUCACAGAGAAGAUGUUGUAAAGGGGGAUGUGAGAACAGCACGCUGGAUGUUUGAAACACAGCCCCUGGACACAAUUAACAAGGAAAUCACAGAUAUUAAAGUUGUCCGAGGAAUAUCUGUGGAAGAAAAUAUCAAAGGUGGGGUGAGUAGGGCAAAGUGGUUAUUUGAAACCCAACCUUUGGAGAAUAUCAAAGAAGAGUCAGAAGAGGUCAUCAUUAAAAAGGAAACAGUAAUAGGUACCGAUGUCUCUGGAAAGUGUUGGAUGUUUGAAACACAGCCACUUGACAUUCUGAAAGAUGUGCCUGCUGAAGAUCCUACACAAUCUGAAGAGAUCAUAGGGGGUGAUGUACAAACUACUAAGCAUCUGUUUGAAACACUUCCAAUGGAGGCCUUAAAAGAUAGCCCUGAUGUAGGAAGACUUAAAAAAAUUACUGCCUCUGAAGAAGAAAAGGGGGAUGUCAAGCACCAGAAGUGGGUUUUUGAAACCCAACCUCUAGAAGAAAUUAGAGAAGAUAAAAAAGAGUAUAUACAAACAGUGAAACUUGAAGCCAUCGAUAGGGGAGAUGUAAGGAAUUACACACAUAUCUUUGAGACAAACAAUUUAAUUAAAUUUGAUACAUCACAUAAAAUAGAGGUGGAAGGAGUCACAAGAGGUGCUGUAGAGCUAAAUAAAUCACUCUUUGAAACAACACCCCUUUAUGCCAUUCAAGAUCACCUUGGAAAAUAUCAUGAAGUAAAGACAGUCCAGCAAGAAGAAAUCAUAAGAGGUGAUGUAAAAAGCUAUAGGUGGCUUUUUGAAACAAGGCCUAUUGACCAGUUUGAUGAAAGCAUUCAUAAAUUUCAGAUAAUUAGGGGAAUAUCUUCUCAAGAAAUACAGGCUGGGAAUGUGAAAUCUGCUAAAUGGCUAUUUGAAACCCAACCCCUUGAUUCAAUUAAAUAUUUUAAUAAGAUGGAAGAAAUAGAAAGUAAAACUGAAUUAGCUACAGAUGUUGUUAAAGGGGAUGUCAAAACCUGUAGAUGGCUUUUUGAAACCCAGCCAUUGGAAUCUCUUUAUGAAAAAGUGUCACUAAUGACUGGCAAUGAAGACAUUCACAAGGGAGAUGUCAAAGCUUGUACCUGGCUCUUUGAAACUCAGCCACUUGAUACCAUAAAAGAUGACUCUGAAGCAGCAAUCAAACUACAGACUGUAAAACAGGAGGAGAUCCACGGUGGGGAUGUGCACACAGCAUGUCUUCUUUUUGAGACAGAGAAUUUGGAUAGCAUACAAGGAACAGAAGGAAAGGUAGUGAAGGCUGUAGAAAUGGAGAUCCAACCUGGGGAUGUCUCCAGCAUGCGGUAUAAAUUUGAAAAUCAGCCCUUUGAUUCUAUAGGUUCCAACUCAGAAGAAGUUUUGACUAAGAUGAAAACUCUAAAGACUGAAGAUAUUCAGAAAGGUAGUGUCUUGAAAUGUAGAUGGCUUUUUGAAAACCAACCAAUUGAUAGGAUAAAAGAAAUCCAAGAAGGUCAUGAAUUUGUGAAAACAGUUACAGAUAUACAAGGUGGGGAUGUGAGAAAGAGCUGCUUUAUUUUUGAGACUUUUUCUUUAGAUGAGAUUAAAGAACAAUCUGAGUACAAGAGUGCCAACAAUACAAUUACUGAAGAAGUUAUAAAAGGUGAUGUAAAAAGCUAUAGAAUGCUCUUUGAAACCCAGCCACUCUAUGCAAUUCAAGACAGAGAAGGGCAUUACCAUGAAGUGACAACAGUUAGAAAGGAAGAGGUAAUUCAUGGAGAUGUGCGUGGGACAAGGUGGCUUUUUGAAACAAAACCACUAGACUCCAUUAAUGAAUCAGAGACCGUGUAUGUUAUUAAAUCUGUCACACAAGAAGACAUUCAGAAGGGGGAUGUUAGUUCUGUCAGAUACAGAUUUGAAACCCAGCCACUGGACCAAAUUUCCAAAGAGUUACAUAAUGUUGUGCCCACUGUAGAGUAUAUUCAAAGUGGGGAUGUAAAAACAAGUAAACAAUUUUUUGAGUCUGGAAAUCUUGAUAAGAAUACAUAUAUGAGGACAGUAAAUGUCAAUGAAAUACAAAAAGGCAAUGUUAAAACUUCUACUUGGCUAUUUGAAACCCACACUCUAGAUGAGCUGAGAGGAGAAGGGUCAGAAUAUGAAAAUAUCAGAAUAGUCACCCAGGAAGAUAUACAGAAAGGUGAUGUUAAACAGGCAGUCUGGCUUUUUGAAAAUCAAACUUUGGAUUCUAUUAAGGAAUCAGAUGAAACUGUUACAAAAGUUAUAAGGGAAGAAAUCCCUCCUUCUGAUGUCAAGACCACAACAUGGCUUUUUGAAACAACACCCCUUCAUGAAUUUAAUGAAAAUAGAGUAGAAAAGGUAGAAAUUAUUGGGAAAAGCAUUAAAGAGACCUUAAAAGAACUCUACUCUCAAAGAGUUAUUGAAUCUCCUGGAAUUAUCAUUGAAGCUGAUGAGGUUGGAGAUGUCCGAAUGGCAAAAUACAAGCUAAUGAAUCAAGCAUCUCCUGAGAUACAGAAAGAAGACAUUAUCAGGGUUGAUCUCAGAAAUAUAAUAGUGAACCUACUUUCCAAAGAAGACAGUAUAAAAAGAGAGAUUUUAGUUAGUGAAGAAGAAAGGGGAAAUGUUCAUUUGACCAAAACUCAAUUAUUGAAUAGAUCAACAGAAUUUCAUGCUGAAAAAGAAGAAAUAGUGAGUGGUAAUGUGCAACAGGCAAUCAGAAACCUUUCCUCUGAGGAAAGAUCUGUAAAGAAAGGUAUUUUAAUUCAAGAAGAUGAAAAAGGAGAUGUUAAAAUGACUCUCUAUUGUCUUCUUCAUGAAAGCCCUGGAGACACAAUUGAGCGUGAAAAAGUAACAGGGGGUGAUGUAAAACAUACUAUUCAGAAUUUGCUAUCAUCCAUAUCAACAGAUAAAAUAUCUGAAAGGACUAAAAUUGAUGUCUCUGAAAGGGGAAAUGUUCAGUUUUUUACAACAUGCAUAGAAACUGGAGCUUUGGAUUAUCUCAGACAACUCCAGACAGGGUCAAGUGAAACACUAACAGCUAGCAAACAAGAAAGAGAGGAAGCUAUAAUUGGUGAUGAUGUUGAGGGUACAAAACUGUUACUAAAGAAAAGGCAGUCUCAGGUUAAACAUACUGUUAAUGAAACUGACAUCAUCCCAGGAGAUGUGCAUAACACAGUUAAGGUUUUUAUGGCACAGCCUCAGAGUAUAUCUUAUAAAACACCCAAGGAAGAAAUUAUAAAAGCUGAAUUCAAAUCAAAAUCAACCUUGAAUUCUUUCAACCAGGACAUAAAUCAGAAAAUGGUGGCUAAAACUGAAGAAACCAGAAGAGGUGACAUGCUGGCCACAGUCAAGUCACUUAAGGAUUCAGGACAUCAAGGGAAAGAUUCUAAGCUUAGUGCCAUCCCUGGUGAUAUUGAGCAAGCCAUUGAAUGUCUUGAAAGGACUGCCAACACAAGGACAGAAAUUCUGAAAAAGGAGCUUAUCCUAGAUGACCUUGAAACAUCAUUAAGGAACCUGAAAGAAGCACAGAGAACUUUCAAAGAGGUGGAUAAAAAAGGGGUAAUCAGAGAAGAUGGGCUCACUGUGGUGGCAGGGUCCUCAGAAGAGCCAAAUGUUCUUCAGCCACGGCCAGGACAAGUUGAGCCAGCAGCCAAGUGGCAAGAGGAAAUAAGCACUCUCACUCAAACUACAGACAGUUCUUGCCAUGGGAAUUGGACAAAAGAAAGAACCGAGGUUAAUCUUCCAAAAGCCCCCAAAGGUACUGUUAAAUUUGUCAUAGAUCAUGAACAAAACAAUGAUGAUCUUGAAAAAAGUCUUAGAAAACUAUCCAAUCCACAACAUAAAGCCAUUAAAAAUGUAUUGGAAUCAGGGGACAGAAUGGGUAUCUGGACUGAUACCACAAGAGAGAAGCUUAGAAAUGACUAUAUGAGGAAACAGAUGAUUUCAACUCUGUCAGCCCAUGAAAGUCUAACAACUAAUGAGUCAAAGAAAGUUAAGGAACAGGAAAAGGAUAAUGUCUAUAAUGCCACCCAAUCUAGUAACAAAAACGUUGAAAAGCAACAGAUACAAGCCUGCCAACUGAAGAAUGAUUCUCAGGAGACUGAGGCAUUCCCUGCAACAUGUUCCAAGAAUUCCAAAGACAUUAAAAGAUCAAAAGAUACACAAAACCCCAUGUCUGGCCCUGCCCAGGGUCCAGUCAAUAAGACAAUUGGAAAAAUGUGUGAAGUUACAGGGGGCAGUCAGAAGCAAACUUUGUUAAAACAAGAAAUGAAAUAUUCUAAUAAAGAUAUAAAGAAUGUGCACUUUCAGCCAAUGUGGCAGAGUUUGCCUAUAGAUCAAGACACCUCAAAUGUAACAGAAGUGAAAUUCUUGCAAGAAGACCACAAUAAAUUUAAGAUAGCUGACAAGAAACAGAAUGUUCAUCUGAAGAGCCAAGGCUUUCUAAUGAAGACAAAUACUUCCACAGACUUAAAAAUGGCAAUGGAAAUGUCUUUUAAUCCAGUCAACUUUAAUCCUAAAAAUAAUGUUAAAGAAAAUGAGUGCCCUCUUCCACCUCCAUCUCCUCCUCCUCCUCCACCCUCCAACUCAUCAUCAGAAAUUGAAUUUCCUCUUCCUCCGCCACCUCCUUUAAUGAUGUUGCCUGAAAAAAAUGUCUUUCCCCCAUCACUGUCCUCAGCCAAGAUAAAGGCAGAAUGUGAAAGUUUCCCAGUCCUCCCACUUCCCCCGCCACCAGAAGAAGUGAGAUCUGACAGAGAAUGUGUGUCAGAGAUUCAACCAUAUCCAACUCCAACUCUAGCUCUAAAACCCACACGUCUUCCUUCCUCCUCCAUUCAAGGGAAACAUAGUGAAACAUUAACACAGUAUUCCCCAGAAGAAUCCUCAAACUCUCAGCAAAUUCAUUCUCAGGCUAAAAUCAUAACAGGAAAAUCAGGGGUACGUGUGCCACCUCCCACACUCCCCAAACCCAAAUUUUUUAAGAGGAUAGGAGAUAAAAAGAGUCAAGACUCCUCAAAAGUUGAAAUGGAAAAUUCCCUUCCAAGAAUGGAAUGUACAAUUACUCCCUCAGAGGAUCUGACAAAAAUGAUAAUGGCACCUCACAGUGAACACACAGCAACAAAGCAAAACAUUGCUAGAAAAAGUCUUGAUGAAAUAAAACAAUUAUCUAUGGACUCUACAAGGUCUCUUUCACAAACCAUUCCAGAAAUUUCAGCAACCAAAAGGAAACAGGUCGCACCUCUCAUAAAAUCACAUUCUUUUCCAGCCAGUACAGGAGAACACAGUCCAAAACCUUAUAUGAGAAAAUUUAAGACCCCUUUAAUGAUUGCUGAGGAAAAAUACAGAAAGCACAAAGAAGAGCUUGAAAGACAGAAACAUGAGAAUUCUUGCUAUAAUACAGUCCAAACAGAAAGGCAACAUCAAAACAUAUCAGAGAUACAAAAGGAAGUACUUUUACAUAAAACAGAUGAGGACAUCCACUUACCUGGAAUGGAUUCUGAGGUCACCAUACCCCAAUCCAAUGCAGACUUUCAAAGGAAUUCUCAGGUACCAGGACUGUGUGCUGAUAACCAGCUCUCCACAGCACCAGCAGUGUCAAUUACUGCCAAGAAAGCCCAGCCUAUUCCUGUAGCCUCUGAAGACAAAGGUACUAUGAAAAAGGAAGUUUUACAGAGCUCAAGGGACACUAUACAAUCUACAGCAGCCUGUGAAAUUAAACAGAGUCACCUAGGAUGUAGUACACAGCAGACAUGCGUGGAGCAGCAGCACUCCCUGCAGAGCAAACCAGGGGCCCCAAGUUUCAAAGUUAAGACGAUCAGACUUCCAACUAUAGAUCAUAAAUUAAAUGAAACAGACCAUAGCUAUGAAAGCCAAAAAAAGCAGUCUAAAGUUACCAUGCAAACCAUCACCCAGCAACACCAAGAAGCAGAGAAAAUUGAGACACACACUGGAGAUCAUAAUAAGCAACCCAUGGCUGACAAAUAUUAUCCGUUGCCUAACAAAGACAAAAGAGUGACAGUAGAAAUUCCCACAGAACCUGCAGGAAAAAGUCAGGAAAGCAAAUUCAAUAUAGUUAAUGAGAAGCAAAGAGAAUUUAGAGAAUCUGAAAGCGGGAACUUUCUAGGAGGUGGACAAGCAACUCAGGGACCACCGAUGACUGGUCCAAAUGAAGAGAGACUAGUGGUUGAAAAGAAAAAAGAACAGUUGAACACAUCCACACAGAAAGUAGUCAGGCAAAAGGUCAGUGAUAUACAUCUUGAUUUACAGACUCAGAAUUUUCAACAAACACAAAUACAGAAUUCUGAAAGUCAAGUUGAACAUAAAAAAUUGCCCCAACCAUAUCUGCAGGAAGAAAAAUGUCUUAGAGACAAGGGUGUACAACAGAAACAAGUCUCUUCUAAUAUGAAAGAUUCAAAACAAGAGAUUAUACAGAACACAUUUUUAUUUUCCUCUGAGAAAGAAUCCCAGCAGGAUGAUGGAAAGUGUGCUGUAAACAUAUUGGAAUUUUUGAGAAAACGUGAAGAACUACAACAGAUUUUGUCUAGGGUGAAAGAGUUUGAAGCAGAUCCAAAUAAAAAUGACCUUAGGGCAUUUCAGACACUGUUAAAUAUUAUUCCAGGGUGGCUACUAAGUGAAGAAAAGAGAGAAUAUGAAGAGUGCAUUGCAAUGGAAAAUAAUGUAGAAAAAAUUAAAGAGGAAAUAAGGCAAAUUAAAGUUCAUGCAGAAGAAAUGCUCAUAUCCUGUGAAAAUAUAAUUCAAACAGCCAUGACAUCCUUCAAAACAGGCAAUCAGAGAAAUAAACCCAGUAGUCCUAAUGAAACAUUAUCGAAAGUGUCCAGUGUUAAUAUCAGCUAUAAUAAAAGCACUGAACAGAAAGAAAAUAAACCUGUAGAAAAAACAGAGCAUCAUCAAGUAGCAGCCAGUCAUGAAACAACUGCUCAUAAUCUUGUGAAAACCCAACAGGAAACUAAAGGAGAAACUCUCAGGGUGUCCCCUCCCUCUUUGAAAACACGCCCCCCAUCACCAACUUUUAUAACAAUCGAGUCGACUGCCCGUCGAACAGAAACCCCAACUAAGGAUGGGAUUUCUCAGUCCCCUAAAAAGGACAGUUUUGCUGAACUAUCACCAAAAACGUCCACGUCUCAACCGUCUCGAAUCCACAGAGCAAAUACCGCCCCUUCUCCACCUACCAGACGCUCUGAACAGCUUGUCAGACUCAGAGACACCACUGCAAAAUUGUCCAGAGUGACCGUGCCACGUUCAUCAGCCAGCCCAGUUCCGAUCGUGGAAAAGAGGUCUGAGAUCAUCACGUCUCCUGCAACACUUCGUCGUCAAAUUAAGAUAGAAAGUCAAGGAAGGGACUCUCCACCUACAAUCACAAUACCCAUAAGUGUAAACCAAGUUGGCAGUUCCUUCAGAGAAUCCAUGAAAGCUCAGGAGGAAGUGAGGAAAGUAGAGAAAAGGGCUACGACAUAUGUUCAUAAAGAUGGAGUGAGUGCCUCUCAGUGUGCGGUGCCGGAUACUGAAAGUUAUGAUGCGGUAGAAAUCAUCCGCAAAGUGGAAGGGCCUCACCUGUCAGAGCACACGGAGAGGUUUGAAGAAGCAAACAGAACUGUUGAAAAUCUCAUGAAUGACCAUGAAAAUGAAAUAAACAGAUGGUUCAGGGAAUUGGAGAAUAGUCCACUUUUUGAAGCCAAGUCAAACAAAAGAGUUUAUGCAAACGGAGAAGCCAACCAUAAUAUAAAACAAGAAAGUCAUACAUUUUGUAAGGAGGAAUUUGGAUCAACAUCUUUAGAAAACACUAGUUUCACGGACUUUUCUCACAGUCAUCCUAUAGAAAUGAAAGAAAGAAUUACUAUUAAGCAGCCUGGAGUGCACGCUGAAGCAAGAACUCUAAGUGAACAUUUCUCAGGUGUGGAUGCUUUUGAGAGUCAAAUGUCAUCUCGUAGCUCAGAAGGCAACAAAGCUGGCUUUGACUUUAAGCAUGCCCCACCAACCUAUGAAGAUGUCAUCGCUGGCCACAUUUUAGAUAUUUCUGAUUCACCAGAUGGACUCAGGAGACAUUUUCAAGAGACAUGGCAGGAGAGUGGAAGAGUUAUUAAAAACCAGGGAUAUGGAACCUCAGAUGCUUCAGCAACCAAGAUGAGAACCACCUUCCAGGAGCAAUCUUCCUUUAUAAGUGAAACUGCUACUCCAAGACAAGGAAAUAUGUAUACUUUGUCAACGCACAGUUUAUCCAAUGGAAUGCCUAGUAGCAGACAAGCAGAGCUUUCAUAAAUCUUGUUUCCGAUGUCACCAUUGCAACAGUAAACUGAGUUUGGGAAGUUAUGCAUCACUUCAUGGACAAAUGUAUUGUAAACCUCACUUUAAACAACUUUUCAAAUCUAAGGGAAAUU